UUUACGAGGUGUCCGGAUGGUUUGUCUCCAACGUUCGAGAUAUUCUUGUUCAUACCAGGUAAAUAAAUCUGUACGAGUAAGAUACAAUUUUUUUUACUCCAUCAAAUCGUAAGGUUUAGGAAGAAAUUAAAUCCUGCUCUAGAAACCGUAUUAUAAAAUCCUAAUUUCUUUCAAACUCCAAAAAUACACAUUCAGCUAAACCAAAAAUUGUAAAAAUUGAUAUUUUUCUAUAGAUUUAUCGCAUAUGUAUUACGCAUAUCCACUAAAAUACAGUCCUUCUAUAAGUAGAAUUUGUUAUUAAUGUACGUACGUAUGUAUGCAUGACAUCGCACUAUUAACGUGUGCUAAAGUUAGUGAAGUAUAUCUUGUGCUUCUGGUAAAACAUUUCAGAUAUGUAAAUACGUGUCAAAGAAAAACAGGUUAUAAUUUACAACCUGUAAAUACGUUGAUUGGACCGUACCAACCAUUCAAGCACCAGUUUUUACGAGACCCUGCAUUGUCCUGUAAAAGCCCUUCUCAUUACACUAAUGCCAACGAGAAGAAUCCAUACGAUCAUGUUCACUUUUCCAUGCACUGCAUGGCUUCAUGGCUUCAUGCAUAAGAUUGGCGUCUGUACAAAUUUUUCAUUUUGCAAUAUUGCCAAAUCCUGUUUAGAAUAUAUCUAACUUGUUCACCUUGCAACUGUAUUUGGUCUGUGGACACGUGUUGUUGGAGAGCCAUACUAUUUUUUCUGGAUACAAAUACACUCUUGCUUUCGAAUCAUGUUGAACCUUGUGGUACUAGUUUUAACACUUUUAGUGAUUUACUUACUUAUAAAGUACCACAAAAGAAGCACAAGUACUCCACCAGGUCCCGCUGGAUAUCCCCUAGUAGGCAAUUUACUUCAAAUUGGUGCUCGACCACAUUUAUCUUAUACGAGAUGGGCAAAAAUGUAUGGUGGAAUUUACCGGAUAAAGAUUGGAUCUACAAACAUGUUUAUCCUCACAUCCACAAGUCUCGUUAAGGAAGCUUUUAACACUGGGCUUGAACUUUCAGGACGAAUGGAAAUUAAAUCGAUUCGAGACAUCUUUGAUGAUGCUGCAAUAACGCAUGGAGUAAACGGAGCGGAUGGAGAAAGUUGGAAUAUUUUGAGGAGAUUUACGUUACAACAAUUGCAUAACAUGGGGUACGCUGGGAAACGUAUCGAGGAAUAUAUUUUGGACGAAGUACGCCACAUGCUCGGCGAGAUUGAAGAAUCUAAUGGGAAACCAGUCAAGGAUAUUAUGGAGACGUUUUCCCUUCCAGUGGUCAGCUCGUUGUGGAGAGUGAUAACGGGUGAGAGGUUAACUCGAGGGGACGCCGAGUUUCAAAAGAUGCUUGGAAUGGUUCGCAGAGCAAUUGAUGCCAUGGUUGGGAAAGGGAGCAUUUUAUUCUUGCUGCCGUGGAUACGUCACGUAGCGCCAGAGUCGUCUGGUUAUAACAAUUUUCGCCAGAUAAUGGGAGAAUUGAGGGAUUUUUUCGUAGGGGUUGUUUCCAGACAUGAGAAGAAUUUGGAUAACUCGCCACCAAGCUUCCGUGGCCACCUGUUGCAGGAGUUUAUUAAUCCUUUUGAUGUGACAUUUAGUAACAUGGUUCAAGCUUUUCUACAACAAAUACACAAUACAUCUGAUAAGGAUUCUCACUUUUAUGGAGAUUUGGGAAAACGACACUUGGUUGCCACGAUGUUCGAUAUUAUUGAAGGUGGAUAUUUUGCACUGACCACGGCAAUAUCGUGGUCACUGCUGUAUCUCGCAGUCUUUACGGAAGUUCAAGACAAGGUACGCGAAGAAACGAAUAACAUUGUUGCAAAGGGGGAACAAUGCAGAUUGUCGGAUAGGUCGAGGAUGCCGUAUACACAAGCAACAAUUGCGGAAAUUCAUCGAUUUUCUUCCGUAACAGCGAUGGGUGUACCACACCGGGCAGUGGAAAGUAAAAACGUUGGAAAAUACAUGAUUCCCAAAGGUUCCUUAAUCAUUCACAAUAUUUAUGGGAUUCACAUGGAUGAGGAAAUUUGGGGCGAUCCGACCACUUUUAGACCGACCCGAUUUCUCAACCCUACCACAAAUGAAUACAUUAUGAAUGAGAAUCUCAUGCCAUUCUCGUUUGGAAAAAGACAAUGCUUUGGAAAGUCUUUUGCAAACGAUACAAUAUUUCUUUUCAUUACAAAUAUUUUAAAGCAGUAUACUGUGUCUACCGUGGGAGAUGUAACUUUAGAACCGGAAGUAGCUUUUGCAUUAUAUCCUAAACCAUUUGCACUAAAAUUUGAAAAAUUAAUUUAGUAAUAAAAUUCAACUUUUUGAAUGAGGCAAAGUUAA